CGACGGCGGCCGGGAGGCGGAAGUGAGGGUGGUUGUGGCUCGGAGGGUAGCGCGCGGAACUGCUGCUACUGAGGCAGUGGCGGCGGCGCUGAGGCGGUGGCACCGCUGCCGACCCUGGGCCGCUCGGCCUCUCAGCUCGCCUCCCAGCGUCGCCUGAGCCCGCCGGGGCCCGUGCCGGCCUGCGCCUGCCCUAUGAGUGUGUCACUGGUUGUCAUCCGACUGGAGCUUGCGGAACACUCGCCCGUCCCCGCCGGCUUCGGCUUCAGCGCCGCCGCCGGGGAAAUGUCUGAUGAGGAGAUCAAAAAGAAGACACUAGCUUCAGCCGUAGCCUCUUUAGAAGGGAAGUCACCAGGGGAGAAAGCAGCAAUCAUACAUCAGCACCUUGGCCGUCGAGAAAUGACAGAUAUGAUCAUUGAGACCAUGAAGUCCAAUCCAGAUGAGCUGAAAGCCACAAUGGAGGAAAGGAAGUCUUCAGAAGCAUCUCCCACUGUACAGAGAAGUAAAGAUCCAAGUGUAGAAUGCAUAAACGCUGCUCCUGAUUCUCCAUCCAAACAGCUUCCAGACCAGAUUUCGUUCUUUAGUGGAAACCCAUCAGUUGAAAUAGUUCAUGGUAUUAUGCAUCUAUACAAGACAAAUAAGAUGACCUCCUUAAAAGAAGAUGUGAGGCGCAGUGCCAUGCUGUGUAUUCUCACAGUCCCUGCUACAAUGACCAGUCAUGACCUUAUGAAGUUUGUCGCCCCAUUUAAUGAAGUCAUUGAACAAAUGAAAAUCAUCAGAGACUCUACUCCAAAUCAGUAUAUGGUGCUGAUAAAGUUCAGUACACAGGCUGAUGCAGAUAGUUUUUAUAUGGCGUGCAAUGGCCGCCAGUUCAACUCAAUAGAAGAUGAUGUUUGCCAGCUGGUGUAUGUGGAAAGGGCUGAAGUACUGAAAUCUGAAGAUGGUGCCAGCCUCCCUGUGAUGGACCUGACCGAGCUCCCCAAGUGCACGGUAUGUCUGGAGCGCAUGGACGAGUCCGUGAACGGCAUCCUCACCACGUUAUGUAACCACAGCUUCCACAGCCAGUGCCUGCAGCGCUGGGACGACACCACGUGUCCUGUGUGCCGGUACUGCCAAACACCAGAGCCAGUGGAAGAGAAUAAGUGUUUCGAGUGUGGUGUGCAGGAAAACCUGUGGAUUUGUUUAAUAUGUGGCCACAUAGGAUGUGGACGGUAUGUGAGUCGACAUGCUUAUAAGCACUUUGAGGAAACGCAGCACACAUAUGCCAUGCAGCUCACCAACCAUCGAGUCUGGGACUAUGCCGGAGAUAACUAUGUCCAUAGACUGGUUGCAAGUAAAACAGAUGGAAAAAUCGUACAGUAUGAAUGUGAGGGUGAUACUUGCCAGGAAGAGAAAAUAGAUGCCUUACAGUUAGAGUAUUCGUAUUUACUAACAAGCCAGCUGGAAUCUCAGCGAAUCUACUGGGAAAACAAGAUAGUUCGGAUAGAGAAGGACACAGCAGAGGAAGUGCACCCAACUAAACACGAAAGUGGCCAAACUUACCACAGAGCUCAAAGAGGAGCAGGAAAUGAACAAGUGUUUGCGAGCCAACCAGGUCCUCCUGCAGAACAAACUGAAGGAGGAGGAGAGGGUGUUGAAGGAGACCUGCGACCAGAAGGAUCUGCAGAUCACGGAGAUCCAGGAGCAGCUGCGGGACGUCAUGUUCUACCUGGAGGCACAGCAGAAGAUCAACCACCUGCCUGCCGAGACCCGGCAGGAAAUCCAGGAGGGACAGAUCAACAUCGCCAUGGCCUCAGCCUCCAGCCCCCCGUCUUCAGGGGGCAGUGGGAAGCUGCCCUCCAGGAAAGGCCGCAGCAAGAGGGGCAAGUGACCUCUGGGAAACAGACGUCCCUGAGACUGUUUUCCCUGGCGCGGCGGGGGUGCGCUGGGGCUCCAGUGUGAGGGUAGACCUUGAGCAAGUACAAGUGAGGACGGAGCCGCCGUUGUUUGGGUCUUUUCUUUGCGGGCGUGUGCUGCAGGGACUGCAGCCCAGCGGCCGGCGGAGCUAGCGAGAUGGCCCGGGGCUUCAGAGCUGGCUGCCCUUGCCCACCAUGAUAGUUCACUAGCCUCAGGCACUCUCAUGGCCAUUUUGCCUUCCUACUUGAUAGAAGCCCCAGCUCUGCUGCGCAUUUUUCCAUUGUAUUUAUUGAGUUGGUGUAUUUGACAUUCACUUCUGGGGUCUGGUUCAAGAUGACGAUUUUUUUUUCCCCUGGGGAACCCAAAGGUCACGUUACCUGAGGUCAUUAGCAGCUGCUUUAAAGAGAGGUUUGCACUGGCCACUGAGGAUUUACGCAAAUUCCCUAGCGUUAGUCGCCUGUCAUUGUCAUCCCUCCCUGCAUCUGGGAAUUGAAGAAUUGGUUGAAGGUCCCAUGAGAAGAGGCCGGGCCUGUAAACUGUUAGUCACUAGCCUGUCACCAGCGGCCACCUCUUGCUCCAGGGCUAGCCAGGAAAAACAAACAUCCCACGCAGGCCAGGCAGAGCCGGGUAGGAAAAAUGGUGGCGCUUCUAGGUUUUGUUUUUGAUGACUCCACACCACAUUGUGAACCUCAUGUAAGGAGGAGGCUGAAGGGUUGCUCUAAGACCCAACUCUGAGAGUGGAUUUCCUAGCAUCCAGCAAGAAUCAGCAAGCAGAUUUAUCAUCCGUGUGAAAAUGCGGAGUGAGGCCUCUGACUAGCUGAUUGUGUAUUUUGCUGGGAUCAGUGUUUUCUGAAUGUUUACAAAAGAUCGGGCUGCAUGUUCAGGUUGCGGCUGGAUGGACCUUGGGCAGAUUUUCAGUGAUGCUUUCAAGAUACAACCAAAGGCUGUUUCUAAAUCCGAAGAUUGGCAUUUUAACAGAGCCCCUUUAAAGCAGUCAUACAGUGCUUGUUGUGAGCCAACAGAGGGGCUGUGUACUUUCUCUAGAAACCUCAACGUCAAGUAAUUCAUAAUAUACAGCGAUUGAGCGAACUUAAAGUAAGACCUGUGUUGGAAUUGAAGCUUCCAAGAGAGGUAGCUAGAUAGGUUAACAAGACAUACUGUUAAAUGAUGGGGUUUGUUUUCUGCUUCAGAAUUAGCCAGAGUUUUCAGAUGGUCACAUUUUCAUUGUUUUUUAGCCUAUGGUUGGGCCUCAUCCCCUUUGGCCUAAAUGUCUUACAUGUUACUUGUUAGCACACAAACUGUAUUGUUAAUCACCAUCCAUUUUUGUGGGAUGUGCUAUAGCAUUUCCCAAAACACCUCACCUGUAACUUUGCAAAAUGAAUGUACCUCAGACAUUCUCAGUUUUUACUUAGGGUAGACCCACUCUCCCAAGUCCCCCUUGGACUUACAUAUACAGAGAUCUUAAAGCAAGAGCGGGAAUGUAAAGCAUAACCUAAUUCUCUUUCCUAUAGAGAUUCUAUUUUAUUUACAAUCUAUUUUUACACUAGUUAGAAUCCUGCUUCUUUGGCCAGGCACUUGUCUUGCAUGUCUGACCUUGCAGAAGCUGGGGUGGAUUGUAGCAUACUAAUUAAGAGAAUUAGUAGUAGUUGACAAAGCUUGCUCGCUCCUUAUUUUCCCAUGAUUACCUCCGUCAUGCAGCCCUACCACCAGCUAGAAAAACAGAGAUCUUUGGUACAGGUGAGCUAAGUGGCCUGAAAGGCUGUGCCCAGAGGAAUGAGCAAAUAGGCAAAUGUUUCCAAACUACUUGAACGUUUAAAAAUUUUUUUCCAGAAUAAAGAAUCUUCUCAAGAUACAUUAAGAAAAUGUCUUUGAUAAAGGUCAAAGAGUCAUGUGUGAAUUUGACAAAAUUACAAUAAGAAACUGUUCGUGUUUUCUUCAGGAUGGAAAUGAACCACUUAAUAUAUCCAUUCUACUUUGAACAAUGAAAUUCCAUUAAAAUAACCAAACUUUGAAAUGAU